AUGGAUGACAGUCCCAACUUUGUUGGAACUGCCGGGGCCUUGAAACUAUGGUGUGUAUGGGCUUCUUGGGCCGGGGGUUUAUCCUUCGAAGUUGCCGUGUUGCCCGUUUUCAGUCCGAAGCUACAGCUACGAUUCUGGCAGCCGAGACUUGAGGCCUACACGUCAGCAGCGGUGAAGCGCUUGAUCAAGCUGGUUGCCGAGCGAGCCUCCACAAUCGACGUUCUGCUGGCUGCUGACUGGCCACGGGGAAUGCAGGAGAGGCUUGACGAGGCAGAACGCCCUAGAGAUCCUGACGGCAGCCUCCCCUAUUCAAAAGACCACAACCUCGCAGACAAGUGCAGCUGCACCCCAUGUGGAAGCAAGAUGUGGCGUGCUCUGCCAUGCCGUCUGUCUGCCAGACGCGGCGCCUGCAGCGAGGCCGCUUCGGCCGCACAGGCCUUGCUGCAAGCGGGCGCUGCCUUGCGCUUCGCCGCGCCGGAGGGCCAGGGCUGGGUGAACGCCACUGCAGGCCGGCACCUUGGCAGUGGCAGCUUUGCAUCCGUGUGGGAGCUGCAGCUUUCCCCGCCACAGAGCUUCGGAGACCUCGCUGUGCUGAAGCACUUCCCAAAAGUCAGUGCGGCAAUUGCAGCCUUUUUCGGGCAAUCUCUGUUAGGACAGCAUAGGAAGCAGUGGGAGAAGGAGAAAGCGGUGGGGGAUCGACUGUCAUCGGGCCCCCAGCACACGGGCCGGGCGCACGUCGUCGCACUGCUCUCCUCGCAGCCGAUCUUUCUGGCGGAUGCAGAGGCGAACUCCGAACUGAUGCUGGUGCUGGAGCACGCGGGCCAGCCCCUGGAAUCAAUUCGGCUGGAAAGCCUGGAUUUACCAUCGCGAUGUGACAUCAUCAACCAGCUACUUAGCGCUGUGAAGCUCCUGCGCCUCAACGGAAUAAUCCAUGCAGACAUCUCUGCUGGCAACUGCUGUCUGGAUGCAGCGGGUCGUGCUCGGCUGGUGGAUUUUGGCAACUCCUUGCUCGUGAGCACAGCGCAGCGGGCCGCGGCCUGUCAACCCCUGGAGCGAUUCCGGGCGCGCUACGUCCACCAUCGACGCUUCCCAUGCUGUGCACGCUAUUCGUAUCCGCUGUCGAUUCGGCGUCUGGUUGAAGAGAUCGAGCGGCCGAACAAUAUUGAUGUGUAUGGCUGCUGCUAUGACGUGGAGGCUUUCCCCGGCAACCUGGCAGCGACGCCACCGGAGGUGCUUCGAGGUCUCCUGGUCCCGGGAGCCAGCGACGUUUAUGGUCUUGGAAUACUCUUGUGGUGGCUGCUGACGGGCCAGUCCUUUGACUGUGACGUGGCCCUCAUGCGUGGGGGUUACUAUGUGGACGGCUUCAGCGAGCCGAUGCAAUUCGUUCCGGAACAUCUCCGACUGGAGCGAUCGCUCCACAGGGCCCAAGAGGUGAUGUCACAGGCCUUGGCGAACUUCGAGCGUGAGGAGGCAGGGAAAUUCAACAAGAUCUACGCAUUCCUUGAAGAGUUGUCGACGAGACAGCUGAAGCUCGAGCAAGCUGUUGCAACCCUUGAGUCGGACAUCCGGGAACAAGCUCAGAAGGUGGUGCACACUCCCGACGCAAGCAGCACCAUGCAGAUGGUGAUGUACGAUCCGUCGACGAACGUGAUGACUCCUGUUAUGGCCCCAUAUGCAGACAGUCAGAUGUCCAUGAUGCCCAUGGUGUGCAUGGUGCAGUCUAUGCCCGACGGAGGUCAGUUUGGCCUGCAGGAGACCUCGUUCCAGCAAGCGCAUUAUCAGGAAUCGGCCCCCCAGGAAGCGGCUCCACAGGAAUCUGCUUCACAGGAAACGGCUCCGGUUGAGCACACGGGGCCUCAGGAGACGACUGCGCAGGAAACGGCUCUGGAGGAAGCGCCACUCGAGGAAACUCCUUUUCUUGUCGAUGUGGAGGUCGAUCGUGUCUCCUUUCCAGGCUGGGCUCACUUCUACCGCAGCGCUGCCAACGCGCAGCUCGAGGAGCUUCGAAGCAAGCUGGCGGAGGCGACCCCCGAGAUGCCGCAGCCGUGGCAAACUGAAGUUGCCAGGUGGCUUCGGAGUGCGCUGGCCGAGGCUCCGGAAGAUCGGGCCUGGGCUUCGAGCAACCCGGCUUCCAUCGUCGGGGUGGAACUUGCCGCCACGCGGCACGACGCAGCUGUGCUCCUUGCUGGAAGCUGCUUGAAGGAAUGGACGCGGCUGGACACGCAGGACGGGGCCACGUGGUUCCGUGACGGCCGAAGCUUCUGCUUAAUCCACGGGGAUAUACUACAGACCUGGCGUGAUUGGUGCCACGUCACUGCAGUCUUUACCAGCUCAUUGUGCUUCCCAGCCAUGGUGAUGAGCACACUUUCCAGGCAGCUCGAUGAAUGCAAGCUGCUGCAGCGCGUGGCCACCUUGCAGCAGAUGCUGCCCAAUGCCCUCACCUUCGGCUUGACAGAAGUCCUACGCUGUCCCAUGUCCUGGAAGCCCCAUGGCAGCGCCGUCUACGUUUACGAGCGGUUGCCAUCGUACCCGCUGUAUCGGUCUUUGCUGGAGGAACCCCUGGCGGCGUUGUUCACCGCAGAGCCGCAAGGCCGGCAAGAUCGCCUGGGCACUGCCGCAGAAAACCUGAGGGCAGCAAAGCUUGCCCAGCUCUUGCUCUCCUCCCUGCUCCCCUUGUGCGGAGACGACAGACCUGGCAGAGGCGUCCCCUUCAAAGUGGUUCAGCGGUGCGCAAAGAAGGGCGUAACUAGCCAGAAGUUCGUCGACAGCAUGGUAACUCAGAACUUCGGUCAGAUGGCAGAGGUGGAGAGCGAAUUUCGUACUCCUGGCUUGGUUGUCCAGCAAUGGCAGACAAUCUAUGGUUGCCAGUUGGAGACGGAACAGGGACCUGUUUGGGAAGAGAUCUUCCAAAGGCCGUCGGCUGAUUCUGCGCCGGCAGUGCAAGACCACUUCGACACGAUGGGCAAUGACUCCAAGUUCCAUCACGUUGUCACGGUCGGCCCUGAAUUUGGAUCCGAGAUGUCCAACUCCUUCUUAGCCAGUCAGACAGAGAGCGCGCAGGCACAGUGCUGCUGCGUGUUCUCGGUCUGGGUGGAUCUUCUGUGCCGGGUGCUCGGAGAUAUCGCUGGAUCUGGUGGAUGGGGAGCCGGACGCAGAAGAGCUCAAAGCUACAGCCAGAAGAAUGCUCUCUUUGUGGAGUAUGCAAGCCACGGAUCGCUCUUCCCGCGCUGCUGCGUCACCGUCCACCACGGGGUCACGGGCACCACGAACGCCUCCCUAAUGUCUGGAGUGCCGACGGUGUUCGCCCCUGUCUGCUUCGACCAAUUUGCGCUUUCGGAUGACAUCAAGAAGCUAGGCAACGGAGUGGGCUUGGCAGCCCUUGACAAGCCCUGGGAGCGCAGCGAAAGCACCACGCUUGCGGCAGCGAUCUUCCCAUGUCCCGGCAAGACUCACUGGAUUCUCGAUGCCAUGGAGCAGGUGGGCUCUCCUGCCGUCACGGAGCUUUGUGCAGCGAAUGGCUUGCAAGGUAGACUGAAGCAGGAGCACCAGCUUGCGACAUCUAGAGAUGCACAAGAAAGGCAGUUGCAGAGAUGGUCGAACAUGACCUCCCAGGCACUUUGUCGCUGCAUUUGUGGAUCCAGCCGGCUGAACGAGCAGCUCGAGCGCGCAGGGGAAGUGGUCGCACAUGGGCCCCGGAAACCAGAACCAGAGCCUGAGACCCACGUGAUCUCCUACAACUACCCAAUUCAAGGGCGUUUGUCCUACUCGCUCUUGGCGGACCAGCCUCUCAGAGGUGCGCCCAUUCGAGAGGGUGACUUAUGGCACUUGUCCACCGAGGAAAGGGUAGAUCCUGUGCACGUCUCCUUGCACAUCAACGGAUUUAGGUUCUACUUGGACGGUGCAGAAAUGGCCAUAUCCUUAUCCCCUUUCACACUUGUGCGCAACUGCAAGUUCCAAAGUACUUAUCCGAUGCUCAAUGUGGCUGACUUCAAAAUAUUCAAGGUGUCCUUGUUUGCCCAAGGAGCCUGCUAUUACUUUGGAGUUCGCGGUGAGAAUGAGCGGGAAGCAGAGGAACUUCGAUCCCGCUGGGUGCUUGACAUUUCCCGAGCUAUGCGCCUGGUUACCCAGACGCUCUUCCCUCCCUUCCAAAUCUCCUGUCGUCCUUUGGACGCAGUCCCUUCUACCCACUCGCGCUUGAUGGCUGGAUACCUGGUGCAUUUUGAUGACUGCUUUACAGCAUCGGUCCUCUACUGUGAGUUGCAUGUGCAGACACAGCAGGACCACACCAAAAUCAUCUUGUACGAGAAUGAAAGCUGUCGGCAGAAGCUUGCAGAAAUCUUCGUGACCGACCGCUCCAUCUGCUGUGAGAAGAUUGGGAUCAAUUGCAGCUGUUUCUCAGUCGAGGACCAUCAGUUCUCCGCCAGGAGCCUGGGCGAGCGCAAGCUCUGGCUACGUGCAAUUUCGAACCUGAAAGUCAAACUGCAGAACAGUGCCCCAGUCCCUUCUCCGACCGAGACCUGUCAGUACAGAGAGGCCGUUCAGGAGCAUGCAAAGCAGCAUGCAGUGUACGAGGGGCAUGCCAAGACGGAUGCUUUGUUGCAGCGGACAUUCAUUCGACCGUUGGGCUCGCCAAGCGAGGCAUGUCAUGGUACACUGGGUGCACUUCCAGUGCCGCCAGUGCCCCCUUUUGCUGAGGAUUUCGACAGGCCGGGCCAAGAUGCACAGCAGGGUGGGGCUGGUGUUCUUGGGUCGCUGCCGGCAGCAAUACCCAGCCCCUCCGCGCACACAGAGGAGACACACCCUUUGCGACGGUCCUCUUCCUUGUCUGAGCCACUGAGGAAACUCUCCCACGUCUGGCUGAGGCUUGAACCGAGAUAUCUGGUGUGUGGAAGCAUGGACAUCUUUUACCAGCGCCCGCCGUUUCAGACCCCCAAAGCAGGGCACGUCUGUCGGUGCAUCGCGCUGGGCAAGGUUUCAUCAAAGGGUAAGGCCCGCACGGCCUUCCACGGCUUGUCUCUGAGCCCAGCUGCCACCAUGCCGGAAACGGCCCUUAAGCAGCGGCCAGCAAACACAACGCCCAGCCCCUUCGUGGUUGCAAGUGAAGAGCAGGGCGAAGAGGAGCGGGGUGUCAAGCGUGAUGCGGCCACGAUGGAGGAUGAUGGUCUCCCACCACCGGAGCCGGACACGGUCUUUCUGGGCAGGCUGCCUGCAAACAUCGAGGAGAAGCGCAUCGAGGCUGCCCUAAAGCAUGUGGGCAAGAUCGAACGCAUCCACCUCGUCCGGGAAGCAGGUGAGGGCAGCGCCUGCAAGGGGUUUGGUUUCGUGACCUUCUCGACUCCCGAGGAGGCUGACGCGGCUUGCGACCUGAGCGAGCUGCUGGAGUGCGGUGGCCGGAAGAUCACCAUCUCCAUAAGACCCGCUGGCCUGUGGAGCACCAAGUAG